AUGGACUCCUCAAUGCCGGUAUGGAAUUUUGCACGUUUGCAAUCUCAACCUUCAAUGGACAAACUCCCGGAGGCUGAACCAGAAAUGGAAGAAUAUAUUCCGCGUCCGCCAAACUGCUAUAUGAUUUGGGCAAAAACAGAGCGUGCAGCAAGGAAAAAACAAUACCCAGACGAAAGUUUCAAAGGAAUCAACGUAAAACUGGGCCAAAAUUGGUCAACAAUGUCAAUAGAAAGCAAAACGCCUUUUUUGGAAGAAUCAAGAAAACAAAACGAAAGAUAUGAACAGUGGAGACAGGCACGCAUGGGACAAAAUUGUUGGCUUCCGGAGGAGUCUUCUCCUCAAAAAAUCAGAAAGCGUCAUCCAGAUUUUGCUGGAUUGGAGAAGAAACCCGAAUUGCCGAAUUUGGUCCAGCAAAUCAAGACGAAAGAUUCCGGGGUAUCACUCGAUCGUAAUCGAAAUUCUGCUGGAUUGGAUAACAAACCAGAGUUAUUGGAUUUGGACGAGCAUAUGAAGGCAAUGAAGAAAAUAAAAUCUGGAGAAUCGCAGAAUUCAAAAAAUCCGACUGCUGCCUCCACUUCACACCAUUUAUGGGAUACAGAAUCGUGGGGUCCUAUGCAUGUUUUCUACACCGAUGUCUUUUGGAAUCUGUUCGCCUACACUCCACAAUCCUAA